AUGCACAACGGGGCUACGCGCGCACCUCGACCUCCGUUAGCAGCGAGAAAGAGACUGCCAUGGCUCGAGGCGGCCGGUAUAGCUCCAGCACUACAACCUCAGCCUACUUCUUCUAGUCAUGAUGCGCUGCCCCCACAGGCACCUGUCAACAACCUCAUUGAACCCUCGGUCAAGUACGUUGCGUCCAAUACUCUCAGUGACGACCUGAGAUUUCGCCCGACAGGCUCAACGCCAGAGAUCCGUGACCAGAGGCGAACGCGAGACCCCAGAUCCUAUUCCCAGACUUCAGAGCCGCCUGCGGGGCUGAGGUCUCGCCCGAUCACCAAAACAAAGCCAGCACCGGACCAUCGUGCGCUCUCAUGCGCUUCGUCCGAGUACAGCACCACUACGCCAAGUGAUCGAGAAGCUCUUCCCGCUGGCUUCCCAAGAAAGGACCCGGCGUCGUACGAGAAGCUCGUCAAGUCUCCUCACAGUCCCGAACCAGCUUUGAAGAAGCCCGCGAGUCACAUCGUAACUUCAACCACGAACACGGUAAAAGCCCAGUCCGCACGACAACGUAAAGGAACAACGACAAGGAAGCCUCACCCGGGUCAAUACAGGAACGUAGCAGCUGUCUCUAGUGCUAGCAUUGAUGGCGCGCAGCGAAAGCUACCUGGUGCCAUAUCGAAUACCGCCUCAAAUGCUGUAAAUUCCAGCGAGACGUUGCCCAAGCCCACCUCAGCAGACCUUCCGUUGUCUUCACUUCCCGCCACAACAUCGUCACUGUAUGCGCUUCCGCCACAUCUAAUGGCACCCUCGAGCUCUUCAUCGCCGGACAGCGACUACGCAAUACCCACUGGCGUAUCACGCAAGGCUGCUGCAAUGCCAGAACGACAGAAACUCACGGGCGCGAAGCCUAAGCCUUUCGCUGACGUGGCGACAAGACCAGCACAGCAUACGCUCGAUGCUGUACAACCCUCGGAAGUAGGGACAGGGGAUCAAGGUGGCACGCGCGCUGUCACUGGCCUACCUGAUGUGCAAGAAGUGACAAUGCGGCCGCUUAGGCUUUCUCAGACUGAGUCGAUGCGAUCAUCAGAAGAGGAGGGCAUAUCGCCCUCUGCAUCACCUGGAAGAUGGAACACAGCUUCAGCUGAUAAAUCGCCCUUCACGCGCACCAACCCAGCCAUGACAAAAGCGCGUUCACGGAACUCCCAGCCUGCGUCAAAGGAGCCCACUAGGAUAUCUCGAGGCGGCGCCGUUCAACAAGGUCACCGCAUGGUCUCUACGAAUGACUCGAUCUCGAGAACACCUCCUCGAUUAUACCAUCCACCCUCUGCUGAUUCUAUAGUCCGUGACUAUGCCUACAAGGACCCAAAGAUCCUGCGUCGCCAUUCUACACAUUCGCUAGAGCGUGCCAAACCCGGCGCGGCGGCGAGCUUCUACGCUGACCAUGGAGAGUCAGUAGCAACGCAGCCGGGAAUUCGACACAGCAUCUGUACGGCCCAGAUUGAGGCGCCACUUCCUCCGCCUCCUGAAUCCAAGUGGUGCUGCGGCCGACCAGGAAAACAACAGAGAGUCCAUCGAGCUCAUGCUAUGCACAACAGCGACACCACGGGAUCCAGGGUACCAAGCAGACCACUACGAAGGGCUCAACCAGGCUUGCAAAAUGGAUCGCGAUCGGCAGAGCCGCUGCUUGCCGCUAAUGACCAGGCUCAUUCAACCGCUGCUGCAAAUCUGCCUCCGGCGACUGGCACAACAAGUGCGACGCUUCCCGCACAGACAUUCAAGCCGGCGCGUGUUCCAACUGCAAGCAGUGAUGCGGAGGCAGUCGACCUCAGCUUGAAGCAUCCUCGGCUCAAUCAUAUCAGUGUCAAGGAAGGCGAGGAGUAUUAUCUGAGAAGACACCACCGACCCGAGCCGAUAGCAAGAGAAUGGAGUUUGACCCGCAAGCGGCUUACAUCUUUCAUUGCUUGCCUGAACACCAUAUUUGUGGGAUUGAUAGCUGGAAUCUACGCCGGAGAAGUACCACGGAUCCAGUACCAGCUUGACGAUGAAUCACAUUGGGUCAUAUUUGGCAAUAUGCUACUGUUUGCUGGGCUGGGCUUGAGCACUCUCAUCGCAUGGCCACUGCCAUUACUUCAUGGACGCCGCCCAUACAUACUCGUGGCUUUCGGUAUCAUGCUACCCCUCCAGAUUCCUCAGGCGAUGGUCGUGCAGUAUGCACAUGGCUCAGGCUUGCUGUACAAGAUCGGUCUUCUUCUCCCGCGUGAAAUUGUUGCGCCGGAUGAUGUUCGAAGGCAAGGCGGUGGUAUUGGUGCUUGGCUGGGUCUUUGGACAUUUUGCUUCGGAAGCUCACUUUCGAUUGGAUUCUUCGCUGGUGCCUGCAUUAUCUCGAAGCUUAAUCCCAGUUGGGGCUUCUGGAUUAGCAUCAUGCUCCUAUCCUUCUUCCUGCUGGUCAACAUGAUCGCACCGGAAACACGAAAGGCUGAAUAUCGGAGGUCAUUAUUCCAGUUCUUCGAAGACAAAGAAGCUCGCCGAGUCAAGCACCGCAUCGCACGCGGCGAGGUCAAAUUACACAUCUCGAACGAUGGACCAAAGUACUGGUUUGAGGAGGUCUGGGCUGGCAUCAUUCUCACCAAACGCAUGGUCUUCCAGCCGGGCUUUUUCGUCCUGAUGUUGUACCUUGGGUGGAUCCAAGCUCAACUCACACUUGUAAUUUUGCUACUUGGCGCCCUCCUCUCGCGAGACUACGAAUGGGCUUCACAUUGGGUAGGAUUGGCAGCCUUGUCUGUUCCAGUCGGCGCUGCUUUGGCGAUGCCACUUACGAACGCCUCAACGUUCAGUCGAGCUCGCGUGAAGCCGCCAAGGACGGACAGCAUGACAUUCCAAGAGCCGCGUGUGACCUGGACAUCUCACUUACUUCGAAGGACAAUCUUUACACUGCUCCUACCUUUUGCAGGACUUGGGUUCUGUCUCUGCAGCCCUGGUCCGCCUUUGCACUGGAGUGCCGCAGUGAUCUUCGCCGGUCUGGUGGGCUUCUUGGCAGAUCUAGGUACAGCAGAGUGCGUCGGUCUCAUCAUGGAAAGCUUCGAUACUUGCGACUUGCAGCCAGGAGUCAACACCCGGCACCGCGUGCAGUCCAUGUCCGCUCAGACACGCCGGCGCCGGACCAAUUACUCUUCUUUCCCUCGCGUCUGCGCUGGAUGGUUCGCAGCACAAUCUCUCGGCUUCUUUCUCGCUGCAGGAGCUACCGUUGCAGCGGGCAGGAUUACAGACGACUUUGGCGCUCAAACGUCCAUCUCGAUCGUUGCGGCAAUUCUACUCUGCGUCACGGUCUUGCUGCUUGUUGUGCUGUGGAGGUGGAAAGAUGUGCAGGUCAUUCCGAGUUUCACGUCAAGUACGAGGGGUGAAAAUAAAGAAAUUGCGGAUCUGAGUCAAGCGGACCCAGAGUGGAAACCUGUGGUAAUUGGACAUCCUUCGGGCAAAAUGAGAAGGAUGAAUUUAUUGGAGAUGGGAGCUUGGUCUCGGUGGACGGAGAUACGGAAGUUGAAUAAAUUGGUUAAAGAGUGAGAUGAGAUGAGAAGAGAGGAGGAGAGGAGAGAGAGAAGAGGGUGGAAGUUUUGUCUAGUAAACUUUUAUUCAUUUCUCAUGACGCCGC